AUGGCAAAUCACAUCGCCAAUGGCAACACGAAUGGUCAAAGCAAUGGCAUUCAUAGCGCCGCCGGCGUCCGCUUGGAAGAUAUCAAGAAGACAAACAACUUCACUUCGAAAUUACCCUCGGACCCCCAGUACCCUACCCCAGCCGACUCACAUGCCGCUGCCCGGGAGAAGCUGGGCCCCCGCAUGGUGCGGGACGCCCUGUAUACAUAUGUGAGGCCUGUGCCUACCGAUAAGCCCGAGCUACUUGCUGUUAGCAAAAGGGCUCUACGGGACAUUGGCCUUUCGGAGGAUCAAGCGGAGUCAGAUCUCUUAAAAGAAGUCGUCGCCGGCAACAAGUUCUUUUGGGAUGAAGAGAAAGGCGGGGUCUAUCCUUGGGCGCAAUGCUACGGAGGUUUUCAAUUCGGGUCAUGGGCCGGCCAGUUGGGCGACGGUCGCGCCAUCUCACUCUUCGAGACUGUCAACCCGGAAACCAAUACUCGGUACGAACUUCAGCUGAAGGGGGCUGGCAAGACUCCUUACUCCCGGUUCGCCGAUGGAAAAGCCGUUCUCCGCUCCAGCAUCCGAGAAUUCGUCGUCUCAGAGUACCUGAACGCGCUCGGCAUCCCAACUACACGUGCCCUCUCCCUUACUUUAUGUCCCGAGUCUCGCGUCAUUCGUGAACGCGCUGAACCGGGUGCCAUUGUCUGCCGCUUUGCUCAGUCCUGGAUUCGCUUGGGUACCUUCGACCUUAUGCGCUCUCGUGGUGAUCGCAACUUAAUCAGGAAGACUGCGACUUAUGUUGCCGAAGAUGUCUUCGGCGGUUGGGACAAGUUGCCUGCCGCGCUCAAUCCUGACGACAAGGACAGUCACAUCAACCCCGCAAGAGGCGUCCCCAACGACGAGCUUCAGGGUAAGGAUGGCGAAGAGCAAAACCGCUUUGCUCGUCUCUACCGCGAGAUUGCGCGCAGGAACGCAAAGACAGUUGCACACUGGCAAGCCUACGGGUUUAUGAACGGUGUCCUCAACACCGACAAUACCUCCAUCUACGGUUUGUCCAUUGAUUACGGGCCGUUUGCAUUCAUGGACAACUUCGAUCCGGCCUACACACCGAACCACGAUGAUCAUAUGCUGCGGUAUAGCUACCGCGCGCAGCCAAGCAUCAUCUGGUGGAAUCUGGUUCGUCUAGGCGAGAGUCUUGGCGAGCUCCUGGGAGCAGGAGAACGUACGGACCAAGACGUAUUCGUCGAGAAGGGUGUGGAAGAAGAUUUCGCACCCAUUCUCAUCAAGCGCGCCGAGGCCGUCAUCGAUCAAACUGGCGAGGAAUACAAGGCUGUCUUCAUGAGCGAGUACAAGCGUCUCAUGAGUGCCAGGCUUGGUCUCAAGACCCAGAAAGAAGAAGACUUUGACAGCUUGUAUUCGAACUUGCUGGAUACAAUGGAGGCGCUUGAGUUGGAUUUCAACCAUUUCUUCCGCCGACUAUCAACGGUGAAACUCGAAGACGUCAGCACAGAAGAGAAACGAAAGGAAACGGCGGCUCGUUUCUUCCACAAAGAAGGCGUCACGGGCCUGAAUGAGGACGAGAGUUCUGGCAAGGAGAAGGUGGGAGGGUGGCUAGAGAAGUGGUCCGCAAGAAUCAAAGAGGAUUGGGGCCAUGGUGCAGAAGCAGACACGGACCGAGUCAAGGCGAUGAAAGCAGUCAAUCCUAACUUUGUGCCGAGAGGCUGGCUCUUGGACGAGCUCAUUGACCGCGUUGAGAAAAAGGGUGAACGAGAUAUUUUGAAAGGUAUCAUGGAGAUGGUGUACGAUCCUUUCAAGGAUGAGUGGGGUUGGAGUGCAGACGAGGAGCAGAGGCUUACCGGAGACGUGCCUCGUUUCCAGCGAGCACUACAGUGCAGCUGCUCGUCAUGA